CAUGCCUAUGGCAGUGAAUACUGCUACAGGAUAACCCUCCUCACAACCGCCUCCCUCGUGACAACCGGCAUAGUGCAGACUGCAAGCGGGCUGCUUUUGUGUGUACAGAGAGCCAUUAUUUUUGCGAUCCAUACACAACUGCAGCACAGCCGCGCUUGUAAUCACCUUGCGAACGAAUUGCUUGGACCAGUCCAGAGCUGCGCAGCACCUCGAGUUUGCGCCAACUCCAGCACAGCCUUCUCAGACAUUGCCCCUCGCUGGGCAUGGAGGUGUAGGGACAAUGAAGACCGACUUCAAAUUCUCCAACCUGCUUGGGACUGUCUACAGCCAAGGCAACCUCGUCUUCAGCCCAGACGGGACUGCCCUGUUCUCCCCCGUUGGCAACAGGGUCACCGUCUUCAACCUCGUCGAGAACACCUCACACACUCUGCCUUUUGCGCACCGAAAAAACAUCUCCCGACUCGGACUCUCCCCGCGGGGCAACCUCUUGCUCACCGUCGACGAAGAUGGCUUUGCAAUCCUGACCAACGUACCUCGUCGGAUAUCCAUAUAUCACUUCACCUUUAGAUCAGCAGUCACGGCUCUGGCCUUCUCACCCUCGGGCAGGCAUUUCGCUGUAGGGCUGGGCCGCAGAACCGAAGUAUGGCAAGUCCCGUCGACUCCAGACUCAAACACCAAUGGUGCGCUCGAGUUUGCGCCAUUCGUACGCCACCACACACACAUGGGUCACUUCGACGAUGUUCAGCACAUAGAGUGGUCCAGCGACUCGCGCUUCUUCAUCACAGCAUCCAAGGACUUGACCGCAAGGAUAUGGAGUCUGGACGCGACUGAGGGGUUCACUCCUACUGUGUUGUCCGGCCACAAACAAGCGCUGGUUGGUGCCUGGUUCUCCCGAGAUCAAGAGACGAUUUAUACAGUCAGCAAGGAUGGUGCGGUCUUUGAUUGGCAGUACGUGCUGCCUCGCAAAGCUCGUGAACAGGGCGGCGACGACGACGAAAUGGAGGACGCCGAUGCGGCAGACAUGAGGUGGCGCGUCGUCAAGCGCAACUACUUCAUGCAAGGCAAUGCAACUGUGCGCUGCGCGUCAUACCACCCAGAGUCAAACCUCCUCGUUGCCGGGUUCUCCAACGGCGUCUUUGGCCUGUACGAGAUGCCCGAGUUCAACCAGGUUCACACUCUCAGCAUCUCACAAAACGAGAUCGAUUAUGUCACGAUAAACAAGAGCGGCGAGUGGCUCGCCUUCGGCGCGUCGAAACUUGGCCAGCUGCUGGUAUGGGAGUGGCAGUCCGAAUCAUAUAUUCUCAAGCAGCAAGGCCACUUCGACUCCAUGAACUCGUUAGUCUACUCACCAGACGGCCAGCGGAUAGUAACGACUGCGGACGACGGCAAGAUCAAGGUCUGGGAUGUCAACUCGGGUUUCUGCAUCGUGACAUUCACAGAACACACAAGUGGCGUUACGGCCUGCGAGUUUGCGAAAAAGGGCAACGUCCUGUUCACAUCCAGCCUGGACGGCUCAGUUCGCGCCUGGGACCUGAUCCGGUACCGGAACUUCAGAACAUUCACCGCACCUACGCGGUUGUCAUUCUCGUGUAUGGCUGUCGAUCCCAGCGGCGAAGUCGUGGCAGCCGGCUCUCUCGACUCUUUCGACAUUUAUAUUUGGUCCGUGCAAACGGGUCAACUGCUCGACCAACUUUCUGGCCACGAAGGCCCGGUCUGCUCACUGGCAUUUGCGCCAAACGGGGACAUCCUUGUCAGCGGCAGUUGGGAUCGCACAGCCAGAAUGUGGUCCAUCUUCAACCGAACGCAGACGAGUGAGCCCCUGCAACUUCAGGCAGAUGUGCUCGACAUUGCCGUGCGUCCUGACUCGGCACAACUUGCCAUCUCGACGCUGGAUGGCCAAUUGAGCUUCUGGUCUGUCACGGAAGCCGAACAGAUCUCUGGCGUCGACGGGCGGAGAGACGCUUCUGGCGGCCGCAAGAUCUCUGAUCGGAGAACAGCGGCAAACGUUGCGGACACCAAGAGCUUUAGCACAAUUAGAUAUUCCACGGACGGCAGCUGCCUGUUGGCAGCUGGUAGCAGCAAGUACAUCUGCCUGUACUCUGUGAGCACAAUGGUGCUGCUCAAGAAGUUCACUGUCAGCGUCAACCUCUCUUUAUCUGGCACGCAGGAAUUCCUGAACAGCAAGCUCCUCACCGAAGCUGGACCGGAGGGCCUCCUGGACGACGAGGCCGAGAACUCGGACUACGAAGGCCGGAAAGACAAGACCUUGCCAGGCUCCAAGCGUGGUGGUGACCCAUCGGCUCGGAGCAAGCACCCGGAGGUCAAGGUCAACAGCGUGGGCUUUGCGCCGACGGGCACGUCCUUCUGUGCGGCGUCCACCGAGGGCCUCCUUAUCUACAGUCUGGACAACCACCUGCAGUUUGACCCCUUUGAUCUGAACAUGGAGAUCACCCCGGCGUCGACACUCGCCGUGCUCGAGAACGAGAGGGACUACCUCAAGGCCCUCGUCAUGGCUUUCCGCCUGAACGAGGCCGGCCUAAUCAAGCGCGUCUUCCAGGCGACGCCGCACGCCGAGAUCCCCCUCGUCGUCGAGCAGUUUCCGACCGUGUACGCCUCGCGGCUGCUGCGGUUCGUGGCCGCGCAGACCGAGGAGAGCCCCCACAUUGAGUUCUGCCUGCUGUGGAUCAAGGCCCUCGUCGACAAGCACGGCGCGUGGCUGGCCGCGAACCGCAGCAAGGUUGACGUCGAGCUGCGCAUCGUGGCGCGAGCGGUGGCCCGGAUGCGCGACGACAUCAGGCGGCUCGGCGAGGAGAACGUGUACAUGGUGGAAUACCUCCUCGGCCAGGCGGAUUGCAAGGCGGCGGCGGCGGACGGCGAGGGCGGCGGCAAGUUCCUCACCACCAACGGCGGCAGCGAUGUGUCGACGAAGCUGCUUCUUGCGGGCCAGGCAGAGGGGGCUAUGCUGGACCUGGAGAUGGAGUCUGAAGGCGAGGAGGAGUGGAUUGGUUUGGAUUGAGCAUUAGCAGUUAUAAUGAAUGGCAUGUCCACAUGUGAAGCCCAGAGAGAGAGAUCCCCCCGAUGCUUUGGGAUUUGUGUCUGUAUAUAACUUUCUCCCUGGCGCAUUGGCAAGAAAGGUCGAGUAGACUAUCUGGAUUAAAAAAAAGAUGCAAGGUUCAAAAAGCAUGCCUAAAGCAGUCCUCCUGAUGUCCGUACACGAUGAG